AUGCCUGAACCUUAUGACUCAGAGCAAUGUAAAGCAUAUUAUCAUGCAAAAAGUUCAACAAAUUAUGCAUUAAAAGUACAAAUAGCUUGUGAUUUUCAUCAUCGAAUAGUACAUGUGUCCGAAUGUUAUCAUAGAAAUGUGCAUGAUAUUACAGUUCUUAGAGAGUCAGGACUAUUAGAACAUGUAAAUGACUCUGUGCAAAUUUUUGCUGAUAAAGAAUAUAUUGGUGAAGACUAUGUAGUCACUACAAGAAAAAAGCCUCACGAACGUGAAUUAACAUAUGAAGAUAAGAAUUUCAAUCGUGAUAUUAAUAGUGCAAAAGCAGUUAUUGAAAAUAUUAAUCAAUGUCUUAAAACUUAUGCUAUUCUUGGUGGUGUUUACAGAGAAGCUAUUGAUGACUUUCAUAAGGAAAAGAAAAUCCUACAAGUCGUUUCUGCUCUAUGUAAUUUGAACUUAAAUAAACAUCCUUUUGGUAGAUAA